AUGCGUCAAUUCGGUAAUCGGGUUCAGUGUUUAACCAAGUUUAACGAAAGUGUCUCGAUUUUGAUUGUGUUACAAUUCUGAAAAAUGUCGAAGGAAAAGAAGAGACCACGUCUCUCGUUCAAAGAGAAACACGAGGUUGCAGGUCAAGUGAAAGCAGGAGUUUCGAAACAAGAGAUUUUACAGAAAUAUGGCAUUUCUGACAAAACGUACAGGAGAGUUAUAGCUCGCGAAAGUGAAUUGAACAAUAAGGUUAAGAGAUAUCAAUUUUUGAACAAAAAAUCGGCAAAAACGAGUGAUAAUAUGGUCCUAGAAGAUGCUCUGAUGGAGUGGUUUAAGAUUGCAAGAGACAAAGGUGAUCCGAUGUCCGGGCCGAUCAUGCAAGAAAAAGCUCGCAUUUUCAACGAGAAGCUCAACGGUUCGCAAACGUUUAAAGCAAGCAAUGGUUGGCUCGAGCGUUUCAAAAAACGGUACGGUAUUAAAUUAAAAGGAGAGAAAUCGUCUAGCGAUUCUUCAGGCGCUGCCGAAUUUUCGCCAAUUUUGAAAGCGAAAAUUGAAUCGGAAAAUUUAAAGCCAGACAAUAUGUACAAUGCAGACGAGUCAGGAAUUUUCUGGCGAUUAUUGAUGGCCUGUUUUUUUGCUCUGCGUGAAGAAGCAGAAGUGUCGGGGAGAAAAGAAUGCAAAGAUCGUGUCACGGCUUUAUUUUGCGCUAAUUCCUCGGGAAGUCAUCGAAUUCCACUGCUAAUGAUUGGAAAAUCGGAAAUUCCAAGUUGUCUCGAGAAUCUGAUAACCGAAAAUUUACAAGAUGUUAGCUUGAAGAACUUGGAAAGUCUCGGUGUUAUCUACACACAUCAGGACAAUGCUUGGAUGGACAAAUGUAUAUUCCUGCUAUGGUACAAGGAUGUGUUUAUUCCCCGAGUUUUGGAACGUCAAAAAGAGGAUGGAAUCACGGGAAAGGUUAUUUUACUCCUCGAUAGUGCUCCAUCACAUCCGAGUUUGGAGGAACUCAACGCGAUAAACGAAAACUUUGAAGUCGUUUGUUUGCCGCACAAUGUGACCGCGCUGAUUCAACCCAUGGCUCAAGGAAUAAUUGCCUCGACGAAAAAACUCUACAAGAAAGAUUUGCUGACACGUCUUCUGCUCAGUGAAAAAUCAGAAGGACCUGUUCAGUUUUUGAAGGAAUUGGACCUUCCCGAUUUCUUUGGCAUGCUCAGUCUCGCCUGGCACGCUGUGGAAUCAAGUUCUCUUCAAAAAGCCUGGAAACCACUUCUUUCUGCGAAACAAGGGACGAAUUCGAAGCCAGGCGAAGAGGAGGAUCCUCUUUCUAUUGACAAUCCAGUUAUUGUCAGCGAACCGGAAUCGCCGCCGGCUGUGAUCAGUUUUCCCCAUGAAAUUUGGGAUCAAGUUUCGGAACUGAUUUCAGCACCGGGCUAUUCUAUGAAAAAAUCGAGAGAAUAUCUUCUGAAGUGGUUUGAAAAUGACGACGACGAUUGUGGCUGGGAGUCGUUGUCGGACAGUGAUAUUGUCAAUUUGGUGACAAAUUGUCGCAGUGAGACUGAAAAUCCUGACAUGGUACAGUUUGUCACAUGUGGUAAAUUAGAGCCUGAAAGUCUGGAUAAAAUUGAAACUAGGAAAACUGUAUCGGAAAAUUUGGAUGUUGUUAGAAAUAGUGGACGCGGGUCGGAAAUUGUAACUAAAAUCGAAAAUAUCGAGACAAUUUUUGAAAAUCCUGAUAUGGUAAACUUUGUGACGUGUGGCAAAUUAGAGCCGGAAAUUGUAAGUGAAAUGGAAAGUAGUACAACUGUUUCGGAAAAUUCGGAUAUUUUGAGUCUUGUUGCAACUGGCGGCGAACCGGAAAUUGAAACUGGAUUCAAAAGCUGUGAAAUUGUCUUAAACAGUUCUGAGGAUGUGGAAAUAACGUCGUCAGAGGCUUUUUACCACCUCAUGAAGUUUAAAAAUUGGGCGAAAUCGCGAGUAGACUGCUUGCCGAAACAUCUUGAUUAUAUUAGAGAAUUAGAGAAUUUGACGAGCGAACCGAAAAUAUGUUCAUGGACAUAGGAAUAGGAUUAUUAGAAUUUAAAAAAGAAAAUUGUUCAAGACAAAUGUACUAGAAAUUAAACGUAUUUAUUUUCUUAA